AUGAAUUUGAGAAAAUUCUCCUAAUAGACGUAUUUUAAGGCCAAAUGUUAAUAGGAAUAGAAGUAGAGAGAUAAGGGUGUGAAUUCUAAAAUCAUCUAACAUAUUAAUGAAUUUUAGAAAAAGGAUAUGAAAGAGUAGUUUGAUUAGAAUUAGAGCAAUCAAUAAACUUUGAUUAACUAAGAUACGAAUGAGAUGACUGUUUCAGAUUUCGACACAUCAACAAACAUGGAUAAAAAAUGUAAGGUUUACAUGAUUAAAGUAAUUAGUAAUCCAAGGACUUAAAGAAAACAUUUCUCACCAAUCUUUAGAACAAAAAAUAAUGCAAUAGAUCCACAUUCAAACAAAUUCUAAUUAUCUUUGUCUAGAGAAAAAUAGAUGAGCAAUGAUGUUAUCAGUUUGUGGGAUUCAAAUUAAAGAGAAACGAAAUAAUCUUACAAUAGCUUUUAGAUUUAAGAGAAAUAAACUGUAAUCUGCAAAGGUUCAAAGAAAUAACUAGAGAAAGGAAUUAAAAUAUAACAAGAGUUGGAUAAAUUCCUCAAGUUUAGACAUUAAAACAUUUAAACUUCAUUUGAUUGCUCGAAACUGAAAAAACUAGAAAAAAGGAAAUUGCAUUCAAAAAUUAAUCUCGAAUAUCAAAUUGAUUAAAGCAUCGAUAAAUAAAAUAAUGAAAAAGAAUGUUAGUUUAAUCAUAUUAAUAAUCAGAAUCAAGAGAUAUAUACAGAAAUAAAUAAUUCUCAAGAACAAUAAGAAUAAUCAAAAUCUAAAACGAGUACCUCUACAAAAAGUAAUCCUUUAAUUCCAAUCCACAUUAGAUAUCAAUACGAAAAAGAAUAUAAGGAAGCUAAACAAAAAUAAUCUAGUCAAACACUAAAGGAGUAAUAACCAUAAAGUAUUACACUAUAUUAAUUUAAGAGAAAACCGUCAGCAAAGAUUAAAUAGCAGAGUUUUUUAAGGAAUAAUAAAAGUUUUUGAAAAAGAGAGCUGAAUUUUUUGAAAAAGAAUUUGAGAAAAAACUUUGGGAAGUUGCUCAAACUGAAAGUGAAUUUCUUUACACUCCUAUGUUGAAUGAAUAAUCUAGUAGAGUAGAUAUUACAUAUAUUCAUUAGAUUUUAGAUAAAAAAUUAAAAGGAAAGAAUUUUGAUUAAAGAAUACAAUAAUUCUAAUAAAAUAGAUAAAAUAAACUGGAUGAAUAAAUAUAAAACAUGAAACCAUCUUUUACACCGACCAUUAGCAAAAAAUCAAGAAAGGUAAUAAUUGAAUAAUAAAUAAAGAUUAUGGAAAACCCAAAAUAAAGACUUACAUUCCAAAAUGAAAAAAGUUUUCAAUAAUUAAAUUGGAGAGCAAAGACUUUGGAAGAAUAGUGA